CUGAAGGCUGCGGAGAUACGAUGGGUCAAUUAAUUAUAAGCAUCCUACAAAAUCCAAACAUUUCUAUUCAUAGUCGUUUCCUCCAACCUUCAUAUUUCCCCUUUCACCACAUAUGACAUAACCUCAAACACUUUCUCCUUCCAAGAAACAACCCUUCUUCCUCUAUAUAAAAAUGCCAGUUCCCACUUGCUCUCAAACACACACAACACACAAUGGAUCACAGAGGCCCCCCGCCGCCGCCGCAGUCGAGACAUCACAAGGGAGCCAAGAAGCGCAAGGGCGCCGCCGCCGCCGCCGACGAAUCGCUCAAAGUAGUCUACAUCUCGAGCCCCAUGAAGGUGAGGACCAGCGCCGCCCGGUUCCGGUCGCUGGUGCAGGAGCUCACCGGCAAGAACUCCGACAUCGCGCCCUACAUGGACUCCGACGGCGGCGCCCUCGUCGACUACCGUGACGAGGGCGGGAUGCUGCUCCCCGACCGACCUCCAUCCUCGUCGGUUUCUAAUUCCGAUGACACGUCCACGGCCUCUCUGCUGGGGGCCGUGGACAAUGUCUUCGCCUCCCAAUUCGGGGGGCUUUUUUCGUCGGAGUCGUUUUGCGACGACGUGUUAGGGAGCUAUCACGACUUGAUCAUGUGAUGCUCUUUUUUUCCUUUUCUUAGUAACAAAAAAUUAUAUUAGUGUAUUAAUUAUGUAGCUUAUUGUUAGAAGGGAUUGGGCAUACGUGCUCUUUCCCCGUGGGUAAAUAUAUAUAUAUGAAAAGAGUAAUGGAUUUUCGCUUGCAAA